CCGUGUUUCGCGCGUUCGACCAAAUCUUCUUGUUCACUGGCAGUUCAAGGAUAUCCGGAUAUGGUAACCGGAGAUUCCCAAGAUCUCUCGACUGCGAGAUGGCAAAAGCAACGAAGUUGGGGCACUUGAUCACGAGCCAAGGGGACGAUGCGACAAUGGAAGAAUGCAAGGAGCUCCCGGUCCAACUCAACUUACCGGGGAUGACGCUGAACUUUACCAGCGACUGGGUCGUAGACACGAGCGACCUUCAAGCCGCGAAAGCACAGCAUGACGACUUGCUGAAAAGAAUUGAAACCCUGGAGCAAGAAAACAAAUACUUGCGCGAGAAAUGUGCUCGGGUCAACGACGAGUCCAACUUGGACAAGUUUAAAUGCCAGCUCCUCGUCGAGAUGCUUGCGAUCAGUUCCCUCGACGAAGAGAAAAGUAGAGCAGAGUAUAUGAAGGAGAAACUCAAGGUUGAGAGCCUCAAACACGACAUGAAGGCGCUGUUGGAAAAGGCAGCAAGCCACAACGUCGACAUCAAGCAAUUCGCUGCGCUCCUCAAGACACUAUGAUAUCCCACGCAUCGAUGCAAUAAAAAGUGCGUCACAAAUC